CCUUGUUAUUGAAUUUCAGUACCUUUUGUAAUGGCUCCCAUUCUUUUGAAACUACAUGGAGUUUCAAACAUACUAGAUAACUUAAACCUGGACGAAUUACAAGAUACUUGGAGAGUUUGUACGAAUGCAAAACAAGCUCUUGAAGAAGGUUCACGAUUGGAAAACAUCUCAUGGCGAAGAUGGUAUUUGAAAAAACAACUUGAUCAACCUUCAACAUCUCGUUCUCUACCUUCACAACAAACUGUACAACAAUAUAAACGUAGUCUUCUUUUACAACAAAAACGACAAUGCCAACAAAAUUUAUCCACUACUGCCAAUGUUGUUCCUUCCGUUUUUAUCGAUACUCAAUAUCACCCUCCACCGUCAAACUGUGUCACCAUGACUUCAACUACUUCAUCCACUUCACCUAUUUUGACAAGCAAUCCUUCUGUUAUUACCACCGCUGCCAAUGGAAACAGUACUCAUGCAGCUAUGUACGUUGCCUCUGAUGAAACAACACCUUUAUCAACAUCACUUGAAAGUUCCCUUCAAUCUCGAUUUGCAUCAUCAUCAUCAUCAUCAUCUUAUCAAUAUAUCAAUCAUCCUACUUCAAUCAACACUACAAAUAACCAAACAGCACUAGUAUCUUCAACUUUAGCAUAUUAUAUUACAGCAUCAUCUAUCAAUCCUACACCUCCAAAUAGCAAUAAGGAAAAGCCAAAAAAAUAUCGUGUUCGUCGUCCUCUACCAGUGAUUAAUGCCGAUGGAAAUGGAAAUUCAACCUGCAAUGAUUGUGGUACCAGAGUGACUCCCCUUUGGCGUCGUUAUCAAAACAGAAAUCUUUGUAAUGCAUGCGGACUCUAUCGGAAAUUACACAAUUCGCCACGACCCGAUCAUUUGAUACCAUCCGUAACGAAAUCUCCUCUCAAGAAUAAUAAUGAUGGUAACGAUGACAAUGGCAGAUCUGAUGAUAAACAAUUCAUUCCUCAAUGUUCCAAUUGCAAAACACUCACCACUCCUCUUUGGCGUCGCAAUGAACAAGAUGGUUCUCCUCUUUGUAAUGCAUGUGGCUUAUAUGCCAAGCUUCACCAAGAAACAAGACCGAUUAGUAUGAAAACAAACGUUAUCAAGAAACGCCAAAGACUUUCAUAGUGACAUUAGUUUAGAUUUGAAAUUAACUUUUUAUUUUAUUUUAGUUUUGGACAAU